AUGAUUGAUCCCGGUGGUUACUUGCAGUUUCCAACGCCAACUGCCUUCCUCUCGUUAUUUUAUUAUUUUCCUCCCUUUUCUUUCUCUUUUCUUGCACCAGACAUCGGUUUCCAAAAUUUCCUUCUCCUUUUCACGCUCCAGACCAAAACUUCUCUCCAACUAUUUUUUUUCUUGCGUUCUCUCUUGCCCUUCCACAAAGCCAGACCAAGGAAGAAAGUGCAAUCGGGUAGGAAUCACCCAUCUCCAGCUGCUGGGAAGAAGACCCAAGUCGAACCCAGCCCCGUCGUUCCAUCUUCGUUCCAAAGGAGCCCGUUCGUCGCUGCUGGAAAGGUCCUUCUUUGUGCGAAUUUUGCCUUCAAAUCCCUGGUUUUCUUCUAUUUUUGGUGCAUUCAACGUCCUCCCUUGGAAGAUUUAACAAGCCAAAUACCAAAACCCCUUUUCUACCCAUCUUGUUUCCACUGCACCAAUAGUGCUCACGGAGUGGGUGCUAGCAAGGAAGGGCCCGUGCCAUUGUCUAGGUUUCUUCCUUCGUUGAUUUUGCUCGAGCUGCUGGAAAGGUACACGCAUCUUGGGCAUAGGUACCCAUUAUGGCAUCCGGGUACCGAGGAUGUAAUUAUUGAUGAAGAACCAGCGCCAGAAGCUACUUCAGUGAUUGACCCUGCGUCCGUAUCAAGGUGCUGCAUAGAAAGGGGUCUGUUUCCGGCAGUUCCUUUGUUCUUUCAAUAUCCCUGCAGCACCAGCAAGGGUUGGUCGGAGUGGGUUGAUGCUGAACUGAAGAACCCAUCUACCCGUGAUAUCCUAAGCCGGGCAGGCGUGUUGGAAGCCAUCUUUGCUUCUAAGGCUUGCGACAUCCAUAUUGAAGUCAAGACGCUUCGACACUUGGUUAGACGGUGGAGCACUGAGACGCACACUUUUAUUUGUUCGUGGGGAGAGUUCACUCCCACGCUUGAGGAUGUAGCUAAUAUCUUCCAUCUCCCACUUUGCGGCAGCCAAGAUCCUUUCCAUAUUGCAUUAACCGCGGAAGAUGGGCCAAAGCUUGAGAUUUUGCGAAAAGGUGCCCCGACCUCUCCUAGUACCUCUCUAAGAUUCAGUAAUUGGAUUCAGUUUUUUGGGAACAGUGAUCGAGACGAGCCGUGUCGCCUUGCUGCGUUUGUGUCCUUGUGGCUCGGGAGGUUCCUCUUUUGUGAUUUUUCUCAGGACUGCUUGCAUGGGAGAGUGUUUCCGUUGGCUUUGGCAAUAGCACGGGGUAGCAUGAUCCCUUUAGCCCCCAUGUUCUUGGGGCACUUAUAUCGCUUGCUUGACCAGAUUCAAUUUCUUGAGAAGGGGGCGGCCGGAACCAUGGCUGUGGAGACUUUUGUAAACUCCAGUUUUCUGCAGAUCUUUUUAUGGGAACGCUUCAAAGGGAUAGAGGUAUCUCCACUCCCUUAUUCAAAGGCUGAGUCACUGGUUGCUUCGGACGAGGAUUCCUACGUGCCGGGUAGUCUUCCUCUGAUCUGUAGAUGGUUCCGUCGCAUGCAACGGAAGGGCCAAAAUUUUUUAGAGCUGCUGGACGAUGUUGAGCAAUUUAUUUUUCGCCCCUAUUGUGCCUCAUCAGAGGGCUUUAGAAGUAUGCCCUUCUAUGCUGAUUCUGCUGCUUUAAUGGAGGCCCUGGCCAUGCCAACACAAGGUUGUUGGUUACGCAGAGAGGCAUUGUUGAGUGCCGCAUGCCUCCCUCUGCCCACAUUCGGUGAUGACCACUUGGAGACUUCUGUACAUUAUUCCCCUUACCGGGUUAGACGACAGCUUGGGGUUUUCUGGACUGGUGACAGCGUGCCGGGAGACGGCAGGCCUCUCGCCCUUGCUCUGGCCAGCCGGAAGCGCGUUGGUGGUCUCUCAAAGGCCUACCAAAAUUAUUGGAACCGCUGCUUUGCCUCGUUCAGCCGAUUCCAUGCUGCCCAUUGUGAUAGCUUGAUUCCCACCGUCAUUCAUCAUGCCCGUUUAGUGUCGGAAGAGAAAGCGAUUUCCUUGAGCGAGAAGCGAAAUCUGCCUUUUAUCUCCAAAAGCGGAGAGAUUGUUGGUGACUUUUCGAAGCUAAAGCGGAAGUUGGAAAAGUCGGGUUCUCAUAGUGCCGGGAAGAGUGUUGCACAUGGGAAACGGAAGCGUGAGGAAAGCUGCAGCGCCGAGAAAAGGCAAGCUGUAAAAGAACCGAAAAGGUUCAUCCCCAAGGUAGCGGCAGGUGGUCCUCCCAGCUCAAGAAAGGUUGCCUUGCCCGAGUCCUUACAGCAGCAGCCUACAGCUUCCGGCAGCAGCGAGCUAGCAGCUCCCAAAGCUUCAUCUCCUCACAGUACUUCCCAAAGUAAAGGCAAGGGUAAGGGGUUUUCCGCGACCCCGAAACGUCGAAGCAUGCGUAUUCUUGAAACGCGGUUUGCUAAUACCCGAAAGAAUAAGGGUGAAGACUCGGGACCCAAAGUAGUGGUGACUGUUGAUGAUAACAGUGAUGAUGAUAGUGAUGGCGAUGGCGCUGCGGGAACUGAGGCUAACAUUCAUGAGCAAGAGAGUGCUCACGAUACGAGUGGCAUGGACGAGGACUUUGAUGAAGGCCAAUACGAUAGUCACGACGAAGACACCUAUCCGGCUUUCGGCACUAGCUUGGGGGAGUUCGAUGACCCAGAUACGACUCCCGCUUUGACUGGCGAUCAUGGACAGCGUGUCGAUAUUGAACUGGUCGUGCCCGCCAUUGAAGGCACAAUAGGUGCUUCAUCAGAGGCUGAUUUUGCCCUUCCCACUACUGUCGCUGAAGUUGUCCUGAGCCUUCCGGCAGUGCAACCUCCUCCUUCUCCUAACCCAUGUACUCCUGACAUGGCUGCUGACGUCUCUCCGCCACUCUCAACAGUUCCUCCUCCUAUUUCUCCAAUUCCGAACGCACCUGACAUAGCUUCCGGCACCGCUCAACUCCUUCCAGCAGUACAUCCCCUUACUCCUCCAAUCUCGAGCACUCCUGACAUAACUUCCGGCACCGCUCCACCUCUUCCAGCAGCACAUCCCUGUGAUAAGAAUGUUGAUGCUUUUAUCGCAGGUUCCUCAAAAGGGCCUUCAUUCGAGAAAGGCAUGUCUUGGCAAGAUUGGGAGAAUUCCUACACGGCAUUCAAAGCCUUCUUUGAUGGUGGUGUCACCAUUCUUAGAUCCAUUGAUGAACUUCUUCCGCUUUGCCACAGAUUUGAUGGUUAUGCGACAUUCCAAGGUGCCCUUGUGUAUCCAGAGACGGUUGGAGCCUUGAGAAAGUUCAUGGACAAAUACGGGAGUUUGCUGGAAGCUACAGAUGUCACCUCCUCUUUCUCAAGGGGUACUGCCCUUCGAGCGCUUGGCUUAGUACUUCAUGGGAUGGACACCAUGCAACUCCUUGAUAUUACAGAUCAUAAACUGCUCUGUUGGCGAGAUGCAAUAUGCGAGGCCAUGAUUCUGGGCUUUCCUGUGGAAUUUCUCCUUAAACUCGUGAAGAGCUUGGCACGUGCCGUCUUUGGAGCACGGGCCAUUCGUAGUAUGCAAUUAUCGCAUGAUUCCGAUGAAGUAAAAGCCGCUGCAGACGCUUUGAAUAUUAAACAGCAAGAGUUGGAAAACCAGCGCCGGGAGAUGCAUGCCCUUCUCCUUGCUAAGGGUGUUUCUGUUGACAGCGCUGAGUGCGUGACGGAGGCAGCAGCCAGAUUAUCUCCUGGGGCUUCCUUUGUUCUUUUCGGACAUUCCCCAUAG